CGCCCUUCUCAGAAGCCUGCAGUGCAUCAGGUCUCAGUUUAUAGCUUCUCGUGUAAGCACCUUAACUAUCGGGCUUCGUUUUUUUAAUUGUUAACUCAUGUCAAACUUAUAAUUUUAUUUUAAAAAUGAAGGGCAAUGUUGGAUGUCAGACCUAACCUUGAGCAGUUAUGGUAAAGAUCAACGGCUGACAAGGCUUUCUUAGUAUUGCUUCUCGGAGACGUCCAUUGACCUUGGAUAUUAUAUAGCUCAAAAUGACGAGAGAGGAGGACAUCCCGGAUUGGGUGGGAGCCAAUGUGUUUUAUGAUAAAUAUGAACCGAAGGAGAUUCUCGGAAGAGGGGUCAGUAGUGUCGUCCGUCGCUGCAUAGACAAAAAGAGCCACCAAGACUACGCAGUGAAGAUCAUAGACAUAGCCUCCGAGAGGAUGGCACCCCAGGAGGCCGAGGAAAUUCGGGUUUCCACAGCCAAAGAGAUUGAGAUUCUUAAAAAGGUCUAUGGCCAGCCAUACAUAAUUCAACUUAAAGAUUGUUUUGAGUCCCAGGCCUUCUUUUUUCUGGUGUUUGACUUGAUGAAAAAAGGAGAACUUUUUGAUUACCUCACAGAAAAAGUAACUUUAAGUGAAAAGGAAACCAGGAAAAUCAUGCGCUCCUUGCUGGAAGUUGUCCAAUUCCUGCAUUCCCAAAACAUCAUCCACAGGGAUUUGAAGCCUGAAAACAUCCUCUUAGAUGAUGACAUGAACAUCAAGCUGACAGACUUUGGGUUCUCCUGUCAGAUUCUACCUGGGCAAAAGCUCACAGAAAUCUGUGGAACACCUGGUUACCUGGCUCCAGAAAUUAUUCAGUGCUCGGUGGAUGAAACCUUUCCAGGAUAUGGGAAAGAGGCUGACCUCUGGAGCUGUGGGGUGAUCAUGUACACCCUGCUGGCAGGAUCUCCUCCGUUUUGGCACAGGAAACAGAUGCUGAUGCUGCGGAUGAUCCUGAGUGGCAACUAUGAGUUCACAUCCCCUGAAUGGGACGACCGGUCGGACACCGUUAAAGAUCUGAUCUCCCGGCUGCUGGUAGUUGAUCCAGGCAAAAGGUACACUGCUACAGAAGCCCUGGCUCACCCCUUCUUCCAGCAAUACAUUGUACAGGAAGUGCGCUACUUCAGUCCUUACAGGAAGUUCAAGGUCAUCUGUACCACGGUACUAGCAUCUGUUCGGAUUUACUACCACUACCGACGUGUGAAGCCCGUGACCAAGGAGGUGGUCAUAAGAGACCCCUAUGCACUAAAGCCAUUUCGCAAGCUGAUAGAUGCCUGUGCCUUCAAGAUCUAUGGACACUGGGUGAAGAAAGGACAGGCCCAGAACAGAGCGGCCUUAUUUGAAAACACUCCCAAGGCUGUGCUUUUAUCAUUGGCAGCUGAUGCAGAAGAAAUACUUGCUUUUUAGUUAUCGAAGGCCCACUGGCCAACUUGUAUUGUGGCAGUGCAUCCUCUUGGGUCUUAAUUGAAAACAGAGGUGCAAAUCCCUUUCAGUGCAUAAGAUGCUGCAGGUGGUAAAUGAAACUAUAUUAAGAAUAGUUACUAAUAAUAUAAAGUAUAGAUUUUAGUAUUUUUACCCUAAGAUUGCUGUGUCUCUGAUUUCUUUCACACUUCUUUAAAGGAAAGCAAUUGAAAGCAAGCAAAUCCUAAUUAACAUUUUAAAGUUCUUUUCCAUUACAAAUAUAUUUUUGUAUCUUUUAUGAAUGCGGCCUGAAGCUUGUAGUUUACAAAAGGCCUGCGCAUCUCUGUAAAUACGUCUUUGUCUGUGAGUAGAAUGAACGCAUGAUGAAAUUGCAGGUAUGUGUUUUGACUUGCUCACAGGCUUUCUUGACAAAAGUGCAAUUGACCUGCAUACUUGAAUUAGCAUGUACUAAAAUGUACAGUUAAUUGUGCACAUUGGCUUGUGUUUAGGCAAGAAAUGUAUAGACACAUAAGCCAAUGUCAGGAAAAAAUGUGGAUGGGAUUCAGGUUAAUUUGAAAGUUCAAAAAUGUAUAUCAUUUUACUCAUAGUACCUGUAUGUUAUAUAGUUUAUAUAUAACAUAUAUUUAUAUAUGUUAUAAAUACAUGAAAGAAAACGACAAAAAGGAUCAAAUGCAUGGUAUUAGCAUCAGCAAAUAUAUUUUGUUUACAAUACAGAAACUGAAUGGCACUCCUGACAGGGAAUAAUUGGGCAAUGUAAAUUAGUAAUCAAAAUAUGCCUGAUAUUUUUCCUCUGCAACUAAGUUGUAGAAAUAUUAAUUUACAGUAUACCAUGUAGAAGUUUGCAUUAGUGUAAUGGCGGUACACUUCCCACCUCACAGUAUGUUUUGUAAAUAGUUUCUACUAUAUAUUUAAUCUGCUAUAAUCCUUAUUGAAUUCUUAAACUUAAGUACCCAGUUAAGGUAUGGGUUAACAAGUCUGUAACCCUGAUUGCUCUAUACUAUAGUGAAGGAUAGUCUUUAUAGAUGAACACUGAGAAUAUUUAUUUUAUGUUUUGCACAAGCUGGUGGCCUUGGGUCUUAGAUGAUCCAGACAAAUGAAUGUGAUGUCCUGGUCAGUCAGU